AUGAUUUCGUCCUCGUUUGCGCCGAGUCUGACUCGAAGAGAUACCGCCAAAUCAACCGGUGGAUAUGAGAACGCACACGGGGGACUUCCCCCGGUAACAGGUCCGUUUGGCCCGCAGAGUGCUAGCGCCAUCUAUCAACAGAUCCACGACAUGGCAGCAAAGCGAAUCUCAACCCUGGACUAUUUGAGGAAAGCACUCGAAGGCCGGGUUUACUGGUUCAAUACCGUGCAUUUCUCACGGGCAGACAUCAAUCGCUUACCAUAUUUCGAGGCUCGAAAGCUUUCUCGUCGGGCCGUGAAUUACCUCCUUCUGGGUCUUUCCCUACCUCCCAUUCUCGACGUUAAUACCACCCCGACCGAAUACCUAAAAGCUCUUAACGCCCUUCUCCUUGAAUUCGAAGCCUUCCAACAAGUCCAUCCGCCAGAUGGAAGUUCCUCCUCAAGUCUAGCGAGAGCGCGUAUACCACAAAUGUUCAAGCGAGCAACACAUGCGGGUACAAAGACUCGUCGUGCCAGCUCGGCAACGGAAAUUGGAUUGCCCAUGCAAACCAGUGACCCGUCGAACCUGAAGAGUAUGACUAGCAAUAUCGACUCACAUUCGACUGCUGCAGCUUCGGUGAUCUCUUUCCCUUUGACUGAAUCGUCUGAUCUCCUACCGGGCGAAGAGUAUAUGUACCUUUUGACACCAUCAUUACCCUUCGAGCCGGAUUUCUUUGAGACUUUCGCCACUCUCUGCGAUGUCUUGAUAGACUGCUACAGUCGCAUCACAACUCUGGUACCAUCUCCAUCUGUCUGCACGGUGGCAUUGGGAGAGUCAUUUUCCAAGGCAGAUGCCAGGAUACGAAAGAUUAUGGUUGCGGGGGCGGUCCGGGAGUUUGAAGACGCGAGCCGAAACGGUGUCAAAAACGAGGUUGCAGGUGUCAGUCGAGUGGUUCUUGGGGGACUGUUGGGCUAA